AUGCUGAAGCCGGGAGACCCCGGCGGCUCGGCCUUCCUCAAAGUGGACCCAGCCUACCUGCAGCACUGGCAGCAACUCUUCCCUCACGGAGGCGGCGGCGGCCCGCUCAAAGGCAGCGGGGCCGCUGGUCCUCUGGGCGCGCCUCAACCCCUGCAGCCGCCGCCGCCGCCGCCGCCGCCACCCCCGCAGGAGCGCUCCGAGCCUCCGCCGGACAGCCUGCGUCCGCGGCCGGCUUCGCUUUCCUCGGCUUCGUCCACCCCGGCUUCCUCCUCCACCUCAGCCUCUUCUGCCUCCUCCUGCGCUGCUGCCGCGGCAGCCGCCGCCGCCGCCGCCGCGCUGGCGGGUCUCUCGGCUCUGCCGGUGGCGCAGCUGCCGGUGUUCGCGCCUCUAGCCGCCGCCACCGUGGCCACGGAGCCGCUGCCCCCAAAAGACUUGUGCCUCGGAGCUAUCUCGGGCUCAGGGCUCUCCAAGUGCGGUGGCGGCAGCGGGGAUAGCCGGGGCGUCCCGCGCUUCCGCUGCAGCGCCGAAGAGCUGGACUAUUACCUGUAUGGCCAGCAGCGCAUGGAGAUCAUCCCACUCAACCAGCACACCAGCGACCCCAACAACCGUUGCGAUAUGUGCGCGGACAACCGCAACGGCGAGUGYCCCAUGCACGGCCCGCUGCACUCGCUGCGCCGGCUCGUGGGCACCAGCAGCGCCGCGGCCGCCGCACCUCCACCGGAGCUGCCUGAGUGGCUUCGGGACCUGCCAAGGGAGGUGUGCUUGUGCACCAGUACUGUGCCGGGCCUGGCGUAUGGCAUCUGCGCGGCACAAAGGAUACAACAGGGUACCUGGAUUGGGCCAUUCCAGGGCGUGCUCCUGCCCCCGGAGAAGGUGCAGGCGGGCGCGGUGAGGAACACGCAGCAUCUCUGGGAGAUAUAUGAUCAAGAUGGGACACUACAGCACUUUAUUGAUGGUGGGGAACCUAGUAAGUCGAGCUGGAUGAGGUAUAUCCGAUGUGCAAGGCACUGCGGAGAACAGAAUCUAACAGUAGUUCAGUACAGGUCGAAUAUAUUCUACCGAGCCUGUAUAGAUAUCCCUAGGGGCACCGAGCUUCUGGUGUGGUACAAUGACAGCUAUACGUCUUUCUUUGGGAUCCCCUUACAAUGCAUUGCCCAGGAUGAAAACUUAAACGUCCCUUCAACUGUAAUGGAAGCCAUGUGCCGACAAGACACCCUGCAGCCCUUCAACAAGAGCAGCAAACUCUCCCCCGCCACCCAGCAGCGCUCCGUGGUAUUCCCACAGACUCCGUGCAGCAGGAACUUCUCCCUCUUGGAUAAGUCUGGGCCCAUUGAAUCAGGAUUUAACCAAAUCAACGUGAAAAACCAGCGGGUCCUCGCCAGCCCGACUUCCACGAGCCAGCUCCACUCGGAGUUCAGUGACUGGCAUCUCUGGAAAUGCGGGCAGUGCUUUAAGACUUUCACGCAGCGGAUCCUCCUCCAGAUGCACGUGUGCACGCAGAACCCGGACAGACCCUAUCAAUGUGGCCACUGCUCCCAGUCCUUUUCCCAGCCUUCUGAACUGAGGAACCACGUGGUCACUCACUCCAGUGACCGGCCUUUCAAGUGCGGCUACUGUGGCCGUGCCUUUGCUGGAGCCACCACCCUCAACAACCAUAUCCGAACCCACACUGGAGAAAAACCCUUCAAGUGCGAGAGGUGUGAGAGGAGCUUCACGCAGGCCACCCAGCUGAGCCGACACCAGCGGAUGCCCAAUGAGUGCAAGCCAAUAACGGAGAGCCCAGAAUCAAUCGAAGUGGAUUAACUGAUUGACUGGUUGGAAUUAAACUGCAAGGAAAGUCAUGAUUAAAUGUCACGGACACUUAAGCAAAACCAAAGAUUUCCUCUGAGCAACUUUCAAUCAGUCCCAGAAAACCAAAAGCAGUAAUAAAAUAAGUAAGAUGUUAAGAGAUAUUGAUCCUGGCGUGGAAGUCAGACCAGGAAAGAGAUUAUUUAUUUAUGACUAGGGAUGAGACUGAUUUCAGUGGACAACUAACCUGGGAUGGCUAACAUUUCCAGUCCCACCAUGUAUUUGCUUUGUUUCUAAAAAAGCUUUUUUUAAAUUGUUAUUUAAUACCAAAGGGAGGAAUCGAAGGGGUUCUUCUGGCCAUGGUUGUGACUAAGAAUGCACAGGGACUUGGUUCUCGUUGCACCUUUAUUCCAAUAGCAUGUUCAAGACCCAUUGUGCAGCCAUUCUUCCUGCUGUUUUGGUUUGGCCUGGCCCGAUGCUGGCUGCCCCAGCAGGGACCCUGGAAGCAGAAGCGAGACCCUUGCUAAGGCAGCACCAUCUGCAGCGCCAGCGCAGCCGUCUCCGUAUUCUCAUUCUCGUGCACUUUCAUGCGGCUCCUUCCAUCCAACAGCCUGGUCCUGAUGCAGGAAAGCCUGGGACAGGAAGAAAAUGGUUUCAGUUUCAAAAUUCAGAGGAGAAAGUGGGGGACUGACUUUGUCCUGUCAGGAUUUCAAAAAACAUUUAAAAUGUUUGGAGCUUCAUAAUACAGUACAUUGUUCCGAAGCAGCUAGUUGAGAAAAUUUUGUUUUCAAUAACAUUUUAGCU